GCGAGCUGCGCUCCGUCAAUCAGAACAAUGACUUCUCCGCGGUCGCCUGAGGAGCGGAGCUGAGGCGCACACAAGCGAGCGGGAGCGCUGGCCGCCGGGGAAAGGGGGCUCGCCGCUUGGCGGUCGCUGCUGUUGCUGCUUCUGCUGCUUCUGUUGCUCUGAGGCGGAGGGGAGCCGCGGCUGCUGCUGCUCCUGUUCUUGUUUGGCCAAGAGGGACCGAGAGCCGCCUUCACUCUUUGGAGCAUGUGGAUUCCCACCGAGCACGAGAAAUACGGAGUGGUAAUUGCAAGUUUUCGAGGAGCAGUCCCCCAUGGCUUAUCACUGGAGAUUGGAGAUACUGUUCAAAUACUGGAGAAAUGUGAUGGCUGGUACAGAGGAUUUGCCUUAAAAAACCCCAACCUCAAGGGUAUCUUCCCAUCCAGCUAUAUUCACCUGAAAAAUGCCUGUGUUAAGAACAAAGGGCAGUUUGAAAUGGUUGUUCCCACAGAAGAUUCGGUUAUCACAGAGAUGACGUCAACUUUAAGAGACUGGGGAACGAUGUGGAAACAACUUUAUGUGAGAAAUGAAGGGGAUCUCUUUCACCGACUAUGGCAUAUAAUGAAUGAAAUCCUAGACCUACGACGGCAGGUACUCGUCGGCCAUCUCACCCAUGAUAGGAUGAAGGACGUCAAACGGCACAUCACUGCUCGCUUGGACUGGGGCAAUGAACAACUAGGACUUGACUUGGUACCAAGAAAAGAAUAUGCUAUGGUGGAUCCAGAGGAGAUCAGUAUUACAGAGCUGUAUAGACUGAUGGAGCACCGUCAUCGCAAGAAAGACACGCCCGUCCCAGCAAGCAGCCACCACCUCUUCGUUCAGAUGAAGAGUUUGAUGUGUUCCAACUUGGGAGAAGAACUAGAGGUCAUCUUCUCACUCUUUGAUAGCAAAGAGAACCGACCAAUCAGUGAGAGAUUUUUCUUAAAAUUGAAUCGGAAUGGUUUGCCAAAAUGUCCAGAGAAGCCAGAAAGACAUUGUUCUCUUUUUGUGGACUUGGGAAGCAGUGAGCUCAGGAAAGACAUCUACAUCACUGUGCACAUUAUACGGAUUGGCCGAAUGGGAGCUGGUGAAAAGAAAAAUGCUUGCAAUGUACAGUACCGACGACCUUUUGGCUGUGCAGUCCUCAGCAUAGCGGAUCUGUUGGCAGGAGACACAAAAGAUGAUCUUAUUCUGAAAGUAUACAUGUGUAACACAGAGAGUGACUGGUUCCAGAUCCAUGAGAACAUCAUCAAGAAGCUCAACGCUCGUUACAACCUUACAGGAUCUAAUGCUGGUCUAGCUGUCUCUCUGCAGCUGCUACACGGAGACAUUGAACAAAUCAGGAGGGACUACACAUCUAUGUUUACCCAUGGAGUAUCGAUAACAAGAAAGCUGGGCUUUUCCAAUAUUAUCAUGCCAGGUGAAAUGAGGAAUGACUUAUAUAUCACAAUAGAAAGAGGAGAGUUUGAGAAGGGAGGAAAAAGUGUGGCUAGGAAUGUAGAAGUGACAAUGUACAUUGUGGACUGUGGUGGUCAAAUCUUAAAGGAUUUUAUCUCUUUUGGCUCUGGAGAGCCACCAGCCACUGAAUUUCACUCCUUUGUGCUUUACCACAACAACAGUCCCAGGUGGGCUGAGCUGCUGAAACUUCCUAUUCCUGUGGAUAAAUUCAGGGGAGCUCAUCUUCGCUUUGAAUUCCGACACUGUUCCACAAAAGAAAAGGGGGAGAAGAAGUUGUUUGGUUUUUCUUUCGUCCCUCUGAUGCAGGAAAAUGGAAGGACACUGCCAGAUGGCACUCACGAGCUCAUUGUGCACAAGUGUGAAGAAAAUGUAAGCCUUCAGGAUUCUAGUCGCUACCUCAAAUUCCCCUUUUCAAAGGGGCAUCUCCUUUCAAAUAACCACCAAGCAGUAAAAACCACUAAGGAAUCAUUCUGGAUAACAUCUUUCCUGUGUUCGACUAAGCUUACACAGAACGGAGACAUGCUUGACCUUCUUAAGUGGCGAGCCCACCCAGAAAAAAUUGCCAGCUGCCUCUCAAAAUUGAAAGAAAUUGAUGGGUCAGAAAUAGUAAAGUUUCUCCAAGAUACACUGGACACUUUAUUUGGAAUUUUAGAUGAAAAUUCUCAAAAGUACGGCUCCCAAGUAUUUGAUUGUUUGGUUCACAUAAUUAAUUUGCUGCAGGACAGCAAGUUUCACCAUUUUAAGCCAGUUAUGGACACCUACAUUGAAAGUCACUUUGCAGGAGCACUUGCAUACAGAGACCUCAUAAAGGUGUUGAAGUGGCAUGUUGAUCGGAUAACAGAAGUGGAAAGGCAAACACACAACCAAGAAGUAUUAAAGGCACAAGAAUAUAUAUUUAAGUAUAUCAUCCAGUCUCGGAAGCUGUUCUCUCUUGCUACUGGAGGGCAAAACGAGGAGGAAUUCUGCUGCUGUAUUCAAGAGCUUUUGAUGUCUGUGCGCUUCUUCCUUUCCCAAGAAACCAAAGGGGCUAGUUCUUUAUCCCAAGCCCAAGCGGUCUUUCUUGUCUCCUUCCCUGCUGUGUACGCAGAGCUGCUGAAGCUAUUUGAAGUGAGAGAGGUUGCAAAUUUGGUGCGUGAUACUCUAGGAAGCUUACCAACCAUCACAAAUGCAGAUGAAUCCCUUCAAGCUGUGAAACUCCAGUGCAUUGGAAAAACAGUAGAGAGCCAACUGUACAUGAACCCAGAGUCUCGAUAUAUUCUACUACCGGUUGUUUUGCAUCACCUCUAUGUACAUCUGCAGGAACAAAAGGAUCUGAUCACGUGUGCACACAUCCUAAGCAACAUCUUUUGCCUCAUAAAGAAAAAUAGUUCUGAAAAGUCAGUUUUGGAAGAAAUAGAUGUAAUUGUGAACAGCCUGCUAGAUGUGCUGCUCAGAACCAUCUUGGAGAUCACAAGCCGCCCUCAAACAGCAGGGUCCGCGACGAGGCUUCAGUUUCAAGAUGUUACUGGAGAGUUUGUUUCAUGUCUUUUGUCAUUAUUGCGCCAAAUGACUGACAGACAUUACCAGCAGCUCCUUGAUAGAUUCAAGACGAGGGACGAGCUGAGGGAUUUCUUAUUACAGAUAUUUACAGUCUUUCGAAUAUUAAUACGGCCAGAGAUGUUUCCAAAGGACUGGACAGUGAUGCGUUUAGUUGCUAACAAUGUUAUUAUUACAACAGUAUUAUAUCUUUCGGAUGCUCUUCGUAAAAACUUCUUAAAUGAAAGCUUUGAUUACAAGAUAUGGGAUUCCUACUUUUACCUGGCUGUCAUUUUUAUAAACCAGUUAUGCCUGCAGUUAGAGAUGUUUACCCCAUCCAAGAAGAAAAAGGUGUUAGAAAAAUACGGCGAUAUGCGGGUGACAAUGGGAUGUGAAAUCUUCAGCAUGUGGCAAAAUUUAGGGGAACACAAAGUCCACUUCAUCCCAGCACUGAUUGGCCCGUUCUUAGAAGUGACACUGAUACCUCAACCGGAUCUUCGAAAUGUAAUGAUUCCUAUUUUCCAUGACAUGAUGGACUGGGAGCAAAGGCGCAGUGGCAACUUUAAACAGGUGGAAGCAAAACUGAUUGACAAAUUGGAUAGCUUGAUGUCAGAAGGCAAAGGUGACGAAACAUACCGAGAGCUCUUCAAUAGUAUCUUGCUGAAGAAAAUUGAACGCGAAACAUGGAGAGAAAGUGGCGUUUCAUUAAUCGCCACUGUAACCCGUCUUAUGGAGAGACUGCUGGACUACAGGGACUGCAUGAAAAUGGGUGAAGUGGAUGGCAAAAAGAUUGGCUGUACUGUCAGCUUGCUGAAUUUUUACAAGACAGAAUUGAAUAAGGAGGAGAUGUAUAUUCGAUAUAUACAUAAACUGUAUGAUCUGCACCUUAAAGCGCAAAACUUUACAGAGGCUGCAUACACGCUCUUGCUGUAUGACGAGCUGUUGGAAUGGUCGGAACGGCCGCUGAGAGAGUUUCUGAACUAUCCCAUGCAGACCGAGUGGCAGCGCAAAGAAUACCUUCAUCUCACUAUCAUCCAGAACUUUGACCGGGGGAAAUGCUGGGAGAAUGGCAUUAUCUUAUGCAGGAAGAUCGCUGAGCAGUAUGAAACCUAUUACGACUACAGAAACCUCAGCAAGAUGCGGGUGAUGGAAGCUUCUUUGUAUGAUAAAAUUAUGGAUCAACAACGUUUGGAGCCAGAGUUUUUCCGAGUUGGAUUCUAUGGGAAGAAGUUUCCCUUUUUCUUACGAAACAAAGAAUUUGUUUGCCGAGGGCAUGACUAUGAGCGUUUGGAGGCUUUUCAACAGCGGAUGCUGAACGAGUUCCCACAUGCCAUUGCUAUGCAACAUGCCAAUCAGCCCGAUGAAACCAUCUUUCAAGCAGAAGCACAGUACCUGCAAAUCUAUGCCGUGACACCAAUUCCAGAAAGCCAGGAAGUGCUGCAAAGAGAAGGCAUUCCAGAUAACAUCAAAAGUUUUUAUAAAGUGAAUCACAUCUGGCGAUUCCGAUAUGAUAGGCCGUUCCACAAAGGGACCAAAGACAAGGACAAUGAAUUCAAGAGUUUGUGGGUGGAGAGAACCACACUGAUCUUGGUGCAGAGCUUGCCUGGGAUUUCACGUUGGUUUGAAGUGGAGAAACGUGAAGUAGUGGAAAUGAGCCCCCUGGAGAAUGCUAUUGAAGUGUUGGAAAAUAAAAACCAACAACUGAGGACACUGAUCAGUCAGUGUCAGACUCGACAGAUGCAGAACAUCAACCCCCUCACAAUGUGUUUGAAUGGGGUCAUUGAUGCAGCGGUGAAUGGUGGAGUCACCAGGUACCAAGAGGCAUUCUUUGUGAAGGAAUAUAUCUUGAACCACCCAGAGGAUGGAGAGAAGAUCGCAUGCUUGAGGGAACUUAUGCUUGAGCAGGCCCAGAUUCUGGAAUUUGGCUUAGCUGUGCAUGAGAAGUUUGUCCCUCAAGAUAUGAGACCUUUACAUAAAAAACUAGUGGAUCAGUUCUUUGUGAUGAAAUCAAGUUUGGGAAUACAGGAAUUUGCUGCAUGCAUCCAGGCCAGUCCAAUUCACUUUCCGAACGGAAGCCCCCGCAUCUCUAGAAAUUCAAUCCCUGUUUCUAUGAGUCCAGAGGGUGCCAGAGUGAUUCCCAGACGCAGCCCCUUAAGUUACCCAGCGGUCAACAGAUACUCUUCCUCAUCAUUGUCCUCUCAAGCCUCUGCAGAGGUCAGCAAUAUAACUGGACAGUCUGAAAGCUCCGAUGAAGUUUUCAACAUGCAGCCAAGUCCAUCUACCUCAAGCCUGAGUUCCACUCAUUCAGCUUCACCUAAUGUGACCAGCUCUGCUCCAUCCAGUGCCAGAGGCUCGCCUCUGUUGUCUGACAAGCUUAAACAUUCCAGAGAAAAUUCUUGUUUGUCUCCAAGGGAGAGGCCUUGUAGUGCCAUUUACCCAAAUCCUGCUGAGUCUUCACAGCCUGCAAACCCUUGCUUUGCCAAGUGGAAUGAGGCCUCUAUUCCGCGCUGCAUCCGAGAUUCACCAAAGGAGCCUGAGGAGCACAUAGGCCCAGUAUCUGCUCACCCAGAGGCUUACCUGACAGGGAAGUCUCACAAUCUGUCAACAACCUCAGUAGCCCCCGACAGGAGAAUUUUGUUCAAUCACAUUGGAGAUGGUGCUUUGCCCCGAAGUGAUCCUAAUUUGUCUGGUCCUGAGAAAGCUGUAAACAGCACUCCCAGCAGCUGGAGCUUGGACAGCGGGAAGGAAGCCAGGAACAUGUCAGAGAGUGCAAAGCUUAUGUCUCCUCCUGUGCCCCCACGCCCCACGCAAACUGCGGCAUCACCUCGACACCUAACCUCAGUUUCCCCUUCUCCUGCUGGAAGAUCUCCAAUGAAGGGUUCAAUACAAUCGUUUACUCCAUCUCCUGUGGACUACCAUUCCUCGGGACUCAUUUCCAACUCCCCAGUCUUGUCUGGAAGUUACAGCAGUGGCAUCUCCUCCCUCAGUCGAUGUAGCACGUCUGAGACAUCCGGCUUUGAAACUCAAGUCAUGGAGCACCCAGUACCUAUUUCUAACUGCAACAUGUCCGAAGAGCCCGUGAGAAAAGAGAGCAAGACUCCACCACCUUACAGCGUUUAUGAGCGGACACUGAGGCGCCCUGUCCCGCUACCUCACAGUCUUUCCAUCCCCAUCCCCACGGAUCCGCCAGCUCUGCCACCCAAACCCCUGCUGGUCCGACCAAACAAUCUGGAAAACAGUAGCAAGAGAACUGAACAGGUCCCUCGGCCCAGGCCUCUUCCGCGGAAAGUGUCUCAGUUAUAACUUUUUAAAGAGAGGGUCAUUUUUUUUUGUAAUGACUUAAGUGGGAAAAACACACACACACAUCUAACAAAGGCACUUUAAUAUUUUUCACAAAUAUUCUUUUCCAGUCGUUUUCUUUUUUCUUUUUUCUUUUUUUUAACUGCUUAAUAUUAUGUUGCAUAUUUUUGGCAGAUGAAAAGUACUAACCUAGAAUGUCAGAUAAUUGCAAGAAAGAGGAUUGAAAUGAUUUCGUUAAUAUUAGGUACAGCAGACAUGAAUGCAUACCAGUUUGAAUCUGAAGCUAAUUCCCCCCCCCCAAAAAAAAAUACUUUAAGCAAAACUAUAAUUCCCCUCCACAACUUCCUUUAACAUAAUUCCCUGUACUUCUUAGAGCAUGCAGAAUAAUAUGAUUUAAACUUAAUAUAUAAAACCAGGGCAUGUUCCUGUAACAAGAUAGUUUCAUUUCUACUUUUUGUGAACAUUUUGGAGACUGUUCCCUUACCAUUUUUGAACCUGUUUAUUAAUACAUGUACAUGAACAAAAGUGAUUAUGGGUCAAGUGCUUAUAAUUGCAUUGCAAAAUCAUGAGGAUAUUGUUGUUGCUGAGUUCAUGAAACAAAACACUUUGUUUGGGGUUACUUACUUUCUUUUCGCACAUUUCCACAUUUUAUAAAGCGUAUGUAUAUACAUUUUCAUACUUUUUUGAAAAAUGACAUUUUCAGCACUUUGGCAAUGAUCUGUCAACAUGGCCUACAUUUUCCAAUUUACUUCAUAAUUCCAUUUAGCUGCUGUUAAAAAAUUCCCAUGGACAGCUGGUUGUAGAAUUUUCACCUACACAUUAAAAAUUGUGUGUUUUCAGAGGAGGGAAGUAACUUUGAGGUGUUCUAGUAUCUCAGAUGACUGUGUCCUUUUCAUUGUGAUCUGAAAUGGCCAUUGUCAGCACUGUAAAAUUAGUAAAUGCAAAGAAUGGAAAACAACUGGGUACAAAAAGUGUUCCUGAAAAAUAAUUGCAGCGGGCAUUAACUGUGGGUGAAACAUCAGAAUUAUAAAUCAGGAUUCAGGCUUUAAUAGUGAUUUUUUUUCUUUUUUCUUUCUUUCUCCUAAUCAACCAUCUUGCCCAUUUGGCAGCCUUUAAGCCUCCAGACUGCAUACUGCACCGUACAUUGCAAAGGUGUGCCAUUUAAAAUCACCGCAGUAUCUCUACCCAAGUGCAACUUGCAAAAUUGCCUUUGGAAAUCUGUCCUGACAAGCAAAGGACGCUGCUCAGAGUGGAGACACUUUGUGCAAGGUCUACACUCCCCAAAAGCACGGCACAUUCCAAUCUCCCCAAAUGAAAGAGCUGGGCCUCCUUUCUGUUCAGUUGCUGUACAUUCCACUCCCAAAACAUGAGGGAGCCUCAGGAGGGUGAGGAACUGUGGUCUGAAAAAAGGAAAACGGACCCCUCAGUGAGUAAAAUAGAAACACUUGUCUGCAAAUAGACAUUCCCGAUCGCAGCCCAAGUCCCUGCAGAACAUUCUGUGUUGAAGUGCCCUUACUCUUGGCGGAUGACGUUCUAGGUGGCAUUUCACUUGAAAGCUCCUGUAGAUCCGUUCGAAAUUUCGUACUCAGUUCUAGGACCACAGAUUAAAUCACCUUGUAUAAGCAAUUUUUCUAUCUCUUCUCCACUCCCCAUCCCAUUUAUGUACUAUUUGCAACAUCUGUUUGACAACCGACACGUAUGAUCUGUAUUUUUCAGUCAUACCGUUCAAAAGUUAUCUCCCUGUUUUGUUGGGAAGUGUGUGUGUGUGUGUAUGUUGAUUUAACAGUUUGCUUUGUUGAUAGCUUAACUCUGCAACAUGGUGACCACUUUUUAUAUUCCCUCAACGAAACCUUCAGCAGGUAUAUGCUGUUAAUGGUAGCUAUAGAGGUUUUCUAUAAUAAAUGUCCGAGUAUUUUUGUACAUAACUGGUUAAUUUUAAUAAGGAGUACAACUAUGUGAAAAAGAAAAAACCAGACAGUUGUGUAUGCAGUAAGAUUGUUAUAAUUAUGCCAAAUACUUUAUGUAAGGGUGGGGCACGGGGAAAAAUAUUUGUACAUAUGUGCUUUUAACAAUAAUUCUGCCAUAUUGACUCUACAACUUUGAAUGUCAGAAAAAUAUAUUAAUAUAUGUUGAAAAAUCUAUGUUUAGCAAAAGUGUUUAUAACUGGAAAAGGAGCAUAUGAAUUUUAGCUUUGUACGUUGCUGAUUUUGAAGUCCUGAGAUUUCUUGAACUAGCUCUCGCUUAUCAUAACAUUUUCAUGUCCGCAUAACCAGAAUUUUGAAGCUGUUAGCUUACAUAUUUAUGCUGUUGUUUU